GUUGUUCAAUCGCGUCGCUGAUGAUGUGCGAAAUUUCUGUCAUCUUUUUGUUAAAAUAUAAAUAUUGUUCGCUUGCGUUUCCAUUUCCAAGUUCCAACAAGAAAGAAGCGAAGAGUAUUCCUUAAAAAUCGAAAACAAAAUACAAAAACAAAGGUCGUUUCGUUUUGAAGUAAGAAAGAAGUAUCUAGUUCACUAGAAGCCAAGCAAUGCAGCUAUAGAUAGACGUGUUAAAAAAUUUGGUUAGUUUUUAUUCCUUUGGUAUGUAGCUUGUUAAAAGCAAGAACCCAUCUCAACAAGGGGCUAAUAAAAGCGGCCCCAGUGUUAUCCAUGUCUUUGAAAUGCAUUACCCUAGAAGUUCGCAAGAACUUGCAUUGUGCCAAUGUCUAUCUACAAUUUGACCACAGUCUUACUGAGACGGAAUUUGUUAAAAUUCAAGUCGACGAUGAAAGCAUCAAACUACGAGAAUACUCCACGGAAACUACGAUUUCUCUUCAAGGACACCUCACUGUUCAGGCGAGAUCUUUGAGCAGCUUGGUUGUGGAGGAGAACAAUGCAAGUUUUCGUAUGAACAUCGACACACCUUCCCCUUUGUGGCCAAAUGACGAUUCUGUGGACCAGAAAGUUACAAAGCACGCUCCCGAUAUAGAACCCUUGGCAAAAGUUAAACUGACAUGCAGCCGAUGCCAGAACGAAGUAACAAAGGAUGACGUUCAAUUUGAGCGUAUUCUGGAGUUUCCAUCGGGAACCAUAGAUGUGGGUGAGUUCUUCUGUCACCACGGACCAGACCUGAACGCAGUUCUUGUUCCCAAACGCAAUGAUAUGUUCUACGGAUUUUUCUUCAUGAUCUUGAACGCCGAAUGUUUAAAGGGAAUUCGUGUCAAGGAGGGACAUGUAUUUUGUGGACGAUGUCUCAUGCAUCUGGGUGAGACCCUCUUUGACAACAAAGCACUGAAGAUCUGGACCGACGCAUUGCAAGAGGCUGUUUUCAAGCCGAGGGAUAUAGAAUCGAUGGUGAGUCAACUGAUGUGUAGAAUCCUAGACGAAUGCUCAAUCGGAAAUACUAUGCACAUAAUGCAAUUUUCGAAGGCCAUCGUCGAGGCUGUUAUGCCCACAAGAAAGAAGAAAUUCAUUCUACUUAACAUACUCGAAAGGAACUUGGAUAUUCUGAGAAAUGUAGAUUGUUCCGACGAAGACGGAUACAACAACAAUUGGGGGGUUGUUAAGUUAGAAAAAUGCAAGGCCAACAAAGUACUUUAUCAAUUUCAUAACGAAGACGAAGCGAAUGCCAUGUUGAAGUCGUGGCUGCAAGAUAUAAGUGUGCAUACGACAAGGAUUUCGCCGACCCUAUUCUCGGCCCUGCAAAGACGACUGGAGAAGAACUCGAAGUUAUUACCUGAAGUAUAUCGUUAUAGCAAUGAAUUUAUUUUAAGUUAUGUCUUCUACUAGAAAAUGAGAAUGUUUUGCAUUUUGUUUUUCUUUGAAAUUGUUUUGUAUAAUAAGAUGUGUAUAUUUUUUUAGAAAGAAAGUAUUUAAAAAGAGACAAGAAUCAAGACAACGUAAGAAUUUAAUUUAUUUAAAACAAAAAAAAUAUAAUAAACAUAAUGUAAUAAUAAAAGUUUGCCUUCCCUUUACCUAACACUAGUAACAUGAACUCUGUUUAUUGGUGAAAUAAAUUUUCAACUGCAAUUAAA